AUGCCAGAGAAAACAGUCUCAGACAGAGGACAGGUCUUCAACAACAAGUUCCUGAAGGCACUAUACAAACAUCUGGGAAUAGACCCUCACUUCUCCUCAGCAUAUCACCCCCAAAGCAACGGCCAAACAGAGCAGGUUAACCCAACAAUAGAACAUUUCCUUAGGGCAUACUCCGGGGUUAAUCAGAGGGACUGGACCAAAUGGCUCCCAAUGGCGGAAUUUGCCUAUAACAACGCGGUACACAGUAGUACAGGAAAAACACCCUUCAAAGCCCUGUACGGAUGGGAGCCCACCUUGACACCAUCCAAUAUCCCAACAGAUGUGCCAGAAGCUGACAAACUUGCCAAGACAAUGGAGACACAAUGGAGAGAAGUGGAAGCCGCCCUUAGACAGUCCAAGUCACGCAUGACUGCUGGGGAAACAGGAAACCCGCUAGAAUUUGAGAUUGGAGAAGAGGCAUGGCUUGACGCCAAAAACGUUAAACUGAAGACUCUUAGCCCCAAACUAACGGAACAACGCCUAGGGCCAUUUAAAGUCAUUGAGAAAAUCUCCAACUGGGCAUAUUGGCUCAAACUUCCCCCAUCUAUGCGUAUCCACAAUGUUUUCUAUGUAGGACUCCUGUCAAAAGUCAAAAGGGAUGGCAAGCGCGCCUUUGAAAACCAACCCCCACCAGUCACCAUGGACGGAGAAGAAGAGUACAAGGUAGAAGGCAUAACAGACGCGGAGGAACGGAAUGGAAAAUGGUUCUUCAGGGUCAAAUGGAAGGGUUAUGGUCCAGAAGAAAACACAUGGGAACCCCAGGAAAACCUGAAAAAUGCAGGCAAAAUUUUGAAGAAGUACAAGGAAGACAUGAGAAAAAAGGCCCUUGGCGCUGCCAAGGCCCUUAGAGGGGGGGCAGUGUCGUAG